AUGGCGAGUUCAUCGUCGGACGAUUUCUCGGUGGUGGUGUUGGCGUCGGAUCUAGGCGUCGACGCCCGGCCAUUUUUGUACCCAUCGAACGUACAACAACAAGAAUCAGCUGAAGACGACAACUGGCACGACUGCCCCUCUUCUCUACCCUCCUCCGAUGACCAUGAUUUCUCCGAUCUCGAAGCCCUCCAGUUCUUCCGCCUCGAACGUGGCUCUGAUAAGUCUGGCAAUCGAAUCUUCCGAAUCGUCGGAAAAUAUUUCCCCGCUGCUGUAAUCAGUGGAGAACGACUGAAAAAAUAUGUCUCGCACAAAAUUUUGACGGAGAUGCCAGAAGGGCCAUUUUGUGUUGUAUACAUGCAUAGUACUGUACAGAAAGAGGACAAUUCGCCUGGCCUUACCAUAUUGAGAUGGAUAUAUGAGGAGCUACCAAAUGAGUACAAAGACAGGCUUCAGGCCGUGUACUUCAUUCAUCCUGGGCUUCGGUCAAGGCUUGUCUUUGCUACCCUUGGCAGAUUUCUCCUAAGUGGAGGCUUAUACUGGAAAAUCAAGUACGUUAGCCGCCUUCAAUACCUCUGGCAAGAUAUAAAGAAGGGAGAGGUCGAGAUUCCUGAGUUCGUUCAACAGCAUGAUGAUAUUCUGGAACAUAGGCCACUAACAGAUUACGGAAUUGAACCAGAUCCUCUCCAUAUGACACAAAUUCCUUCCAUGGCCUACACAUUUGGAAGGUAUGAGUCGGGAUGGGCGUCCAGAGAGUACAUGUCAUAG